CCCUUGCAACAGUGGCGCUCACCCGCAGAAUCGCGAAAGCAGCCCGAGCAAGAAAAACAGGCGAGAAAACCAGAAUCAAAAAAGCGGGAAGACAAACGAAGGAAGGAGAAAAAAAACCAUCACCACCAGAGAAGCAGAUAUGUGAGCGGGAAACAUACAUGUUGGGUUUGGACAUGGGUAGCCAUGUACAUAUACCUCUUUACCCUUGUCACUACAUGUACCCUACCACCGUUAGGGCUCGAUUACUGGUAAUCCCUGAAGGACGCGAGUGGUGUAGCGUUUGUCCCGAUUCCCACCCCACCAUCUCAACCACCAUCGUUGUGUGGCUUGCUGCUCACCAUUUGCUUAUUAACGGAUUCAUGAUCUUAUUCUUCGGCGCGACUUCGAUCCGUUCCGGAAACGCCUUCCAUUUCCCCUUCGUCCCGAGCCGUUUCCGCUUUCUUGAACAGGAAAAUAGUUACGUCGGUUUCACUUGUGUGGGGAGUUGACUUCGAUAUGCCUUCACGCAGGUUUCCUUCUCCUGACAAGACACGACCUCAGCUGCCACAAUCUCAUAUCAUAUGACUACGUGUACACGAAUCUCGUGUAUCCUACUGCAUAGACUAUUGUUAUUUUCCUAGGCGUUCUAGAAACGAAGGGUACAUUGGCGAGAAGUAUACAUUGCUUGGUAGCGAGCUCCACAACGAGAAUACACGGGAUCGAGAACGCAUGUGUAGGAAGUAUGCAAAGCAGGAGCGUUUGUAUGCAUAAUCUUUGCGAAACAGACAAAAGUUCUGCAGAUACGAAGUCAUCUAGAAUCUGCAGGUCUUUGCGCCUCCCUAACUGUGGUGCGGAGGCUCAUGUGGUUCGUCUCUACAUUUUCUUGGUGUUGUGUGUGAGUGAGUGUCGGUUGAUCUUGUCCUUCUUUCUGGUUGUGUCCGUUGUCAUGCUUGGGGCUCGGGCUUUUACCCGUUUGGAAAGGACCACCGGUGAUGUAAACGUUGGACGUGAGCGUCAGUGGAUUGCAUUAACAUUGAGCACUGU